AUGAGGCCCCCUGCGCUGGUCGACGACGCCAUGCGCGAGGUCUUCACGCGCCUGCCGGCGGACGACCCCAGGAGCCUCGUCCACGCCGCCGCGGUCUGCAGGAGCUGGCGCGGCAUCCUCACCGACCCCGGCUUCGCCCGCGGCUACCGCGCGUUCCACGGGGCGGCGCCCAUGCUGGGCUUCCUCCACAACGCAUACUGCGCCCCCAACCGCUUCGUCCCCACUUCGACCUUCCGCCGGUGGGGGUCCCAGGACCGACGAGGUUGCCACGUUCUCGACUCCCGGCAUGGCAUCGUCCUCCUCUACUCCCCUGCGUACGACGUCCCCUUUCAUGCCUGCGACCUCGUCACCAACAAUUGGUGGGAAAUUGAGGCCGACCCCAAGUGCCACGACCUCAUGCACUGGUGGCCGCACUUCUACAAUGACCGAGGCAUACACUUUACUGCCACGGUGCUCUGCGCCAAAGACCGGUGUCGGUGUGACCACCUCGACUGCCAUGGCGGCCCUUUCCUCUUGGCCUUGGUGGGCUCUGCGGAUAAAGGAGGCAUCGCACUCGCCACUGCCUACUCGUCGGAGACUUGUCAGUGGAGCGACAAGAUCUCUCUUCAGAGCCCGGGUUUGCAAAUCGAUAAUGAAGGGCACACUGCUGUGGUGGGAAAUAAGGUCUAUGUCCCCAGUUAUGAUUGUGACAGUGUUGUGGAGUACAACAUCCGUGAGCAACAACUGUCUGUGAUCAAGGUGCCAGAGAUCCUGGGCCAGGGAUACCUUGACCUCAUAGGUGCGGAGGACGGCAUGCUGCUGUUUGCGUCCGUGCUCAAGCCUAGACUCUAUCUAUGGUCAAUGGAAGCUGGUCCUAGAGGAGCUGCGGCAUGGGCACGACGCAGGGUCGUCGAGCUCGAGCCAUUGCUCCCUCAUCGUGCCCUCUUGGACAUGUCGGACUCGGACGUGUGGGCGGCUGGUUUUGCGGAAGGAGUUAGCGUCAUCUUCCUCAGAACACCGGCUGGGUUGUACACAAUUGAGCUUAAUUCAGGCCGAGUCAACAAGGUGGGUGAAUCGAGAAUUGAAAAGGUCAUGCCCUACACGAGCUUCUGCACUCGAGCAUGGCGCCGGGUGCUGGCCUCUGAUGAAGCCUCACCCCCGCUUGUCGGUGCCAGUAUACUUUUUUCUCUCAGGAAGACUUUGAAGAUGAGCUCCGGUGGGUAGUUUGGUUAUCUCUAUGGUGGAUGUGCAUUUGUUCUGUUUGUGCCCUUUUUGCCUGAACUGAAGUUUUUUUUU